ACCAUCACCGUAUACUUAGAAAAGGGCCACCGAUGUGGAUCCGACCCAUACCCAUACCCAUACCCAUUGCUCAAACCUUACUUCUCUCUGCUUCAAUUGUGCGGCCGCUAAGCUCAAGAACCAAGGCUCGAAGAGUAUCGGUACUGAGUCAGAACGAGUCAGCAGGCGCGAUGGAGGUUGCUGGGUCGGAUUCCGAUGGUAAAGAAUUCAAUAACGCACAGGAAAUGUGGAGAGAACAAAUUGGACCGGAAGGAGAAGAGCAAAAGAAGACUCAAUGGUACCGUGAAGGCGUCGCCUACUGGGAAGGUGUGGAGGCAUCAGUAGAGGGAGUAUUGGGUGGAUUUGGUUGUGUGAAUGAAGCAGACAUCAAGGGUAGUGAAGCUUUUCUAAGUAUCCUUUUGCAUGAAAGAUUCCAGAAUGGUGGAAAAAGUCAGCAUCUUGUUGCUCUUGAUUGUGGUUCUGGCAUUGGGAGAAUCACCAAGAAUCUUCUCAUAAGAUACUUUAAAGAGGUUGAUCUUCUUGAGCCAGUGUCGCAUUUCUUAGAUGCUGCCCGUGAAAGUUUGUCCCUUGAAAAUCAUAUAGCUCCUGACAUGAAUAAAGCAACCAACUUUUACUGUAUCCCCCUUCAGGAAUUUACCCCAGAUGCAGGAAGAUAUGAUGUUAUAUGGGUACAGUGGUGCAUUGGGCAUCUCACAGAUGAUGAUUUUGUAUCAUUCUUUAAGAGAGCAAAGGUUGGCCUUAAACCUGGUGGAUUUUUUGUCCUGAAGGAAAACAUUGCGAGAAGUGGAUUCGUUUUGGAUAAAGAAGACCGAAGCGUCACAAGAUCUGAUUUAUACUUCAAAGAGCUAUUUCAUAAGUGUGGAUUGCACCUUUACAAAAUGAAGGACCAGAAAGGACUUCCUCAGGAAUUAUUUGCUGUGAAAAUGUAUGCUUUAACAACUGAUGUGCCAAAGAAAGUUCAUAAUACCAGAUCUAAAGUUAAAGCCAACAGGCCUGGCAUCAUCAAAUGAUAUGUUCCCUCAUUUAAGGAUUAACAUGGCUGUUGAAAGGGCCAUAUACAAAGACAUGACGGUGAUUUCCUUCCUGUCCAACCUUUUUUUCUCUUUUUUAUAGGUGCAUGUUGGUACCAAAUUAUUUAUUUUCAUGCAUUACAUUACAAUUUCUUAUCCUAUCUGACUUGUUGUUUUCCAUGAAUAUUGUGCUAUGCUUUUCAUUCCAACCGGUUGUAUAGAAGUGUAGACUCUGCUCUUUCUCCAUGAGGCAUUAGGCCCUAUUAUUUAGUCGAUUUGUUCAUUGGUAA